GUAAUUGAUGAUGUCGACUAUUAUGAGAAUUACAAGAAGAACGAGAGAAGGGCUAAUGUAUACUAUGGUCAGACAGAGAAGCUGCUCAUGCAUCAGUUUAUUUGGGAAGCAGACCACCAGCUGGCGCUGAUGUUAAAUGAGACAGAAUAUGAGGAAAGUGGACAGCUGAUUGAGUGUGGUUGCUGUUACGGUGAAGUGCCAUUUGAAAACAUGAUACAGUGUUAUGAAGGGCACCUUUUCUGUGAGGACUGUCUACAACGAUAUGCAAAGGAGGCAGUGUUUGGUGCUGGAAAGGCUGACCUAAAAUGUAUGACGGAGGGUUGUGAUGCCUCGUAUCCUGUUGCUCAAUUAAAUAAAGCUCUUCCUAGCAAUAUUUUGAGCAAGUAUGAAGACCGUGUUCAGGAAGAAAACCUCAACCUGGCUGACCUUCCCGACCUUGUCAGAUGUCCUCAGUGUGAUUUUGCUGCUGUGUUAGACCCAGGCUACCCAGUGUUUCAGUGUGCCAAUCCAGCUUGUAGGAAGGAGACAUGUCGCCAUUGUCAGGAGCCCUGGGCUGACCACAUUGGAAAGACUUGUGAGCAGGUAGAAAAGAAGGAUGAG